UACGCAGACAACUUCGUCACUACAGCCUCAUAUUGUAUUGAUUGCCCUGCCCUGCUCUUUUUUAUACAAAGCCAUACAGUAUGCAGUCACGGGAAGCUUCCCAUGCCGGUUCCUGGUAUUCUGAUAGCCAACGCACUCUAACCCGUCAACUUGAUGGAUGGCUCGCCCAAGUUCCAAAUAGCAUCGAGGGCAUAGGUUCCCUGCCAGUGCCUGGUGCGCGAAUAGUAAUUGCUCCACAUGCGGGCUAUGCAUACUCUGGGCCCUGUGCCGCCUAUGCAUACAAGGCUCUGGAUCUUUCGAAAGCCAAACGAAUUUUUAUUCUUGGCCCAUCUCACCACCAUUACCUCUCCACCCUCGCUCUUCCUGAACUUACUUCGUACUAUACCCCGCUUUCCGACGAGCCUCUUCCACUUGACACGGACCUUAUCGCGAAGCUACUCUCAACCAAAGCAGUCAAAUCUAACGGAUCUACUGUUAGUUUCACAACUAUGUCACGAUCUAUCGAUGAGGAAGAACACAGCAUAGAACUCCAUUUACCAUACAUCCAUCGUCUUUUGCAGCUUCACUUCCCACAUAAACCCACCUCCCAAUAUCCACCGCUUGUACCGAUCAUGGUUGGAAGUACCUCGUCAUCUACUGAGAGUGCUUUUGGAGCCCUUCUGGCUCCAUAUUUGGAGGACCCCGCCAACGCUUUUGUCAUAAGUUCGGACUUCUGCCACUGGGGUCUGCGUUUCCGUUACACGUACUACGUUCCUCAGGCACCAAAGCCGGGGCCAAAGCUCCCACUUUCCGCUAACUCUUUACCUCAGCCAGGAGAUGAUCUCAGUAGUGUAGAGGAGAAAAUGGAAUCCGUAUCUGCCGGCCAGGCUUUGCAGCGGCGAGAUCGCAUCUCAAGUCGAGAACCAGCGAUCCAUGAGAGUAUCUCGGCCUUUGAUAUCGCGACUAUGGCAGCCAUAAGUACUGGGCUCACCGCUAAUUUCUUGGAUACCAUCCAAGCGACUGGCAAUACGGUUUGUGGCCGUCAUCCAAUUGGCGUUAUCAUGGCUGCUAUUGAGGAAAUCACGAGCCAGGAGGAAGGAAAGAAGGGUAGAUUCCAUUUCGUGAGAUAUGAGAGAAGCUCAGAUGCAGUUGAUGUCGAUGAUAGCUCCGUGAGUUACGUCUCUGCAUUUGCUGUGCUAUAACCUGCUUGGCUCUCUCGUUUUCUUUUUGUUCCCUCCUGUUCGGGGUUCAUUACCUUCUCGUAUAAUUAAGCAUGUCUAUCAUAUUGCUUUGGAAGAACGCGACUAUGCUAUGUUACCUUGUGACUAAGUGACUAGGGUUGCUGGUAGCAAUUGAUUAC